CGAAUAGACAUACAACCAAUGCCAUCUAGCACCGAAGACUAGAACUUUAAAAGAUGUCCAUGAUACAAUUCAUUGAUCAGAAGGAGUACAGGAUAAUAAUUGCAUCACCGCCUCUUGAUGGCGAAAACAAUCACUCUCUCAACGGGAUACGAAAUGCCCAUGGUCGGUUUGGGAACUUGGAAUUCCCGACCCGGUGAAGUCGAAGAGGCAGUCACCGCGGCCCUGGAAUGUGGCUACAGGCACAUCGACUGCGCUUGGCUCUAUUACAACGAAAAAGAAAUCGGCGGCAGUUUGAAGAAAUGGUUCGACGCCGGUGGCAAACGAGAAGACCUCUUCAUCACGACGAAGUUGCCACCUCAAGCGAAUCGCGCAUCGGACGUGAAGCUGUUUCUCAGCCAGUCGUUGGAGAAUUUGGCACUGGAUUACGUCGACAUGUACUUGAUCCACACGCCGUUCACGAUCGGCAGGAACGACGAUUACGAAAUCGCCAUGGAUGAGAGCGGGAUGCCGGUCAUCGACUGCGAUACCGAUCACUUGGCUACUUGGAAGGUGAUGGAAGAAGAAGUCAGAGAGGGUCGAGUCAGAUCGAUCGGAGUGAGCAAUUUCAGCACCGAACUGCUGCAGAAUCUGAUCGACGAGGCCGACAUCAAGCCGAGCAACCUUCAAAUCGAGGCGCACGUCUACACGCAGCGGCGGGAGCUGCGCGAGCUGUGCGCGAGGCAUGACGUGGCCGUGACGGCUUACGGCAGCCUCGGCUCGCCGGGCCUCGACGCGCGUUACAAGCGCGAGGCCUUCCUCGCGCAACCCGCCCCGCCGCUCGAGCAUCCCGUGGUGCUGGGCAUCGCCGAGGCCCACCGCAAGACGCCGGCCCAGGUGCUGCUGCGCCACCUGAUCCAGGAGGGCGUGGCGGUCGUGCCGAAGAGCGUCAAGCCCGAGCGGGUGAGGGAAAAUUUCGAGCUCUACGAUUUCGAGCUCGACGAGGACGAGCUGAGGCGAUUGGACGAGCUCGAUUGCGGCGAAGACGGCAGGAUGAUCGCGUUCAGGAAGAUGUUCGAAGGGCUUGGAGUUCAUCCGAUGUGUCCUCCACCUUAGAUUUUAUUAAAAAUCAAACGUAGCAUUGUGCAAUGUAGUAAUUUGAUGAUACAUUUUAUCAACGUGUUCGUUUAAAAUUCUUGAUAAUUUAAAUUUGUAUAGAAAUAUGUUGUCAUUCGUUGAUUCAAAGGAUUAUUGGUCUGUUGAUGUUAAUUAUAUAAAAAUAAAUAUUGUGAAAAGGUACGAUAGAUUGUAAAAUAAAAGAAGACGUGCAA